AUGGCGGGCAGAGCCAUGGUCGACCUGUCGCGCCUGUCGCCGGAGGAGAGGUGGAGGGUGGAGCACGCGCGGAUGCAUGCCAAGCACCGGGGUCACGAGGCCAUGCAUGCUGAAAUGGUCCUCAUCCUUAUCGCCACGCUCGUGGUGGCCCAGCUCCUGCUGGUGCAGUGGAAGCAGCGGCACCCUCGCUCCUACAACAUGGUGACCCUCUUCCAGAUGUGGGUAGUGCCUCUGUAUUUCACCAUCAAGCUGAACUGGUGGCGGUUCCUGGUCAUCUGGGUGCUUUUCUCAGCCGUCACAGCUUUUGUCACCUUCAGGGCAACUCGCAAACCUCUGGUACAGACAACGCCCAGGCUGGUGUAUAAAUGGUUUCUACUAAUAUACAAGAUCAGCUACGCCACCGGAAUCGUAGGGUACAUGGCUGUGAUGUUCACGCUUUUUGGUCUGAACUUGCUGUUCAGAAUCAAACCGGAAGACGCGAUGGACUUUGGCAUCUCCCUCCUCUUCUACGGUCUGUACUACGGGGUGCUGGAGCGGGACUUCGCUGAGAUGUGUGCGGAUUACAUGGCCUCGACCAUCGGGGUGAGUUAGCGCCGUGCGAGGGUCCUGC